UUGCAUGCUAAGAUUAUUACAUUUUUGGAACAUUUCUUGUGUGAAUGAGCUAAACACUCAAAACAAAGACAGAGGUAGUUUACAGUUUCUAAUGGGGACAACACGUUUCUUUUUAACAAGUGAUCAUCAGUUUGGAUUGAAACUCAACCUGACAAACUAGUGAUGUAGCUCUGCCCGUCAUCUGACUCAUCUGAGACAAACCAGGAAACAGUUUGUUAUUCUGCUUCACUGAGACGACACACACACAUACACACCGAGAGACUAUACGAUUUACCUUCGGACCAAAACCACCAGGUCCACUGAGAGGACAGCUACAGGAGGGAAUUCUGGGAAUACUGGAGUACGACCACUUCAACCUGCUGCCACAAACCAAGAACAAAGACUCAAAGUGAAAGUAACUUUCGGGUAUGUUACUCAAGGAGGGAGUGACUGACUGAUUCCUGUCUGAGCCGUCUGCCUACUGCGAGUUCAUCUUCACCCGGAGACAAAAUGGCUUCCAGGUUAGAGGAGGAUCUCUGCUGUCCUGUCUGCCAUGACAUCUUUAAAGAUCCUGUCAUCCUGUCAUGUUGCCACAGCUUCUGUAAAGUCUGUCUGCAGAGCUGGUGGACAGAGAAGGAAACUCAAGAGUGUCCACUUUGUAAGAGAAGACCUUCAAAGGAAGGACUACCUCCUAACUUGGCGUUAAAGAACCUGUGUGAGACGUUCAGAGAGGAGAGAGGUCAGAGAGCUUCAGAGGCUCUCUGCAGUCUGCACUCUGAGAAACUCAAACUCUUCUGUCUGGACCAUCAGCAGCCAGUGUGUGUCGUCUGCAGAGAUUCAGAAAAACACAGCAACCACAGAUUCAGACCCAUCGAUGAAGCUGCACGACAACACAAGAAGGAACUUCAGGAAACUCUGGAGCCCUUAAAGGAGAAGUUACAGGUUUCUGAACAAGUUAAAGUGACAUUUAAUCAAACAGCAGAACACCUGAAGGUCCAGGCCCGACACACGGAGAGGCAGAUUAAGGAGCAGUUUAAGAAGCUUCACCAGUUUCUAGAGGAGGAAGAGGAGGCCAGGAUGGCUGCACUGAGGGAGGAAGAGGAGCAGAAGAGUCAGAUGCUGAAGGAGAAGAUGGAGGCUCUGAGCAGAAAGAUAGCAGCUCUUUCAGACACAGUCAGAGCCACAGAGGAGCAGCUGAGAGCUGAAGACGUCUCAUUCCUGCUCAACUACAAGGCUGCAGUGGAAAGAGUCCAGCAGCGCCCCCUGCUGGAGGAUCCACAGCUGCCCUCAGGAGCUCUGAUAGACCAGGCCAAACACCUGGGCAACCUGACCUUCAACAUCUGGAACAAGAUGAAGGACAUGGUCUCCUACACUCCUGUGAUCCUGGACCCAAACACUGCUCAUCCAGGACUCAUCCUGUCUGAAGAUCUGACCAGUGUGAGACGAGGAGAAGAGCAGCAGCUUCCUGACAAUCCAGAGAGGUUUGGUUAUUACACCUCUGUCCUGGGCUCCGAGGGCUUCAACUCAGGGACUCACAGCUGGGAGGUCGAGGUUGGAGACCCUACAUACUGGUCUCUGGGUGUGUUAGCAGAGUCCGUCCAGAGGAAGGGAGACAUACAGUCUGGAUUAUGGACAAUAGAGUUCUAUGAAGGUGAAUACUCAGCAUGGUCACCACCAGCUCCAUCCACUGCUCUCCGAGUGCAGAAGAAGCUCCAGCGGAUCAGAGUGAAUCUGGACUGGAACAGAGGAAAGCUGUCGUUCUCUGAUCCUGAUACUAACACACACAUACACACCUUCACACACACUUUCACUGACAGACUGUUUCCAUACAUUCACACUGUGGAUAAUCUCCCACUGAAGGUUUUACCUGUGAAGGUCUCUGUGACUGUGGAACACCUGAACUAAAAGAUGUCAAUCAGUCACUUUGUGAAUGACAGCAGCUUCAGAUGGAUUUUGGUGGUGGGUGGGGCCUGUGUGACCCUUAGAGUUACGAGUGGAUCAUUGAUUGUAUCUUUAAAGUGAAUUUCCGGUGUAUUUGAACAGCAGGUAGAACUUGAUCCUGAUUGGUUUGAUUAUAGAUGAUCUGCUCAGAGUUUGCUUCUCUGUGUGUCUGUGCUGCUGCUCUCACAGCAGCUAGAAAAUGAUCCGUUAUACGGUUUUAACUUUAAAUGUGCGGGCUGAAGGGGCUCGGUAAUGAGACCCAGUAAAGCUGAAUGUUGCUUUAUACGUCAGGCCACAGUCGCAGAAACCUGCUGUGAAGUUGAGGAAAUGUUUCGGACCUCAACUGUAAACGAAGUUUGAGAAGCCUCAUGUACUUUUGAAACCAACGAUGAAACAAGUAUGAAAAGUGAAGUAUCUCAUUAGUCUGUUCUUUAUUAUUGAAUCCAUAAGUGUGUUUAUGUUAUGUGUAUUUUUGUAUGUUGUGUAUUUUGUGCUAUGGGUAUUAUUGGUUGUUUUGUCGUUUUUAAAUAGUCUCACAUUUAAAACGUCUCUCUCUCUCGCUCUCUCAAAACCUAACACGGCAGCGGCGGAUGGCCGCCCACCAUUGAGUCUGGUUCUGUCCAAGGUUUCUGCCUCUUAAAGGGGUCUCUGUAAAUAACAUUAUAAAGAGUACGUAACAGAGAUAACUUCUGUUAUGAAUUGGCGCUAUAUAAAUCGAAUUGAAUUGCAUUUCUCCUGCUGAGAGUAUUAAUUCCUUUGUCAACAGCUUAGUUCCAGUGUAGAGUUUAAAGUUGAGUUUAAACCUGUGUUAUCUGGAACAAAAAACAAACAAACAAACAAAAGAAAGCCAGAUUGACAAACUCCAGCGAAAGUGGCUCAGAUUAUUACAGUAUAACUGGCUGAUGAGGACCUAUGUGACGCCUGGUCACUGUGUUUGGGAUAAAGUGGAGGAGAGAUCGAACAGCUCUGCGGAGUAUACCGGGCGUACACUUAACAUGUGGUCAUCAUACAAGCUUUACACCCUGAUAAGCAGCAUACGUGUAGGAAGGAUAUUGCAUAUAUGUACAGUAUGUAACGAAAGAGUUUCCCCUCGGGGAUCAAUAAAGUAUUUCUGAUUCUGA